ACGUUAGCAGCCAACUGCACGUGAUGACAUUGGAGGCAAGCUUCAGUUGCCUGGCGUGAAAAAAAAAUGUAUUGGUCUAGCGCGAGUAAGUUAAACUGACCAAAUGAGUAAAAAAUUGGAAGGAGAGAAUGACAAAACAUCAAGGUCAACUCAUAGAAGCGUGGAGAGUCCACCGCUCGAACUCACCUUAGCAAACCUGCACAGACUGGAGAAGGAGUUGGAGGGACUAGACAGGUUGUAUGGCUCAAGCCUAUCCAUAGAGGGAUAUGUGAAAAGCACAGAACACCUCCUUGGUGAGACUUCUCAGAAAAGCAAGAAAGCUCCUCGUGAGGGACACAGAAGCCUCUCAAGAAAUUCCUCCACUUCCACCUCUCCAGAAUGUGUGGACAGCCUUGCACUGAAUGGAACAGUCAUCACUAGAAUAAGCAGAUCAACUCAGACAGACUGGAACAGGGUCUCACAGAGGCACAGUCAGAGCAUUUGCAGUCAGACUGAAGAAUGUGUGCCAAACCAUGAAAAGUCACCUCUUGAGCAUGAAGAACAUAAAGGCAUUCACUCUGAGGAGAUGGUUGAGAUGGAAAUCAUCGAAGAUAAUGAGGAGGCCGCAACAAAAAGCAAAGAUACCCAAGCUCUCCCACAAGUGGAGCAUUUGACAAGGAUCCCAAUCUUGACAUCCAGUUCAGAUUCAUCUGGGAAGUUACCUGAGUGUGAGUUGCCAAGUAUUCUUUGUGAGUACUGCCGGCAGGCAAAGAAACCCCCAGUGACUCUUGAGCAAAUGGGGAAAACGACUGACCCAGAGGAGUUGUUUUGUUGUGAGGUUGCCUGGAGGAUGGCAGAUCUUUUUCCCGAAGAGGAGGAGGAUGAAAAGGCCUCUAAGUCUGUACAAAAGGCCACAAAAAUCAAUGAUGUCAACCCUCACCCACUUUCUAAAGCUGAAACCAAAGAAAGAACAGAGCAAAGGCUGAGAGAUUUGCAGCCUAUCAGAUCCCAAGGCUCAAACUACCCCUCGGGGCUUUAUUCCAGACAACGAGGUAAAAGUGUUGUCUGCUAUCGACUUUCAAAUGACUUAUGGAACAUCCAAGAGGAGUCUCAACUUCCUGAAAUGGAAAUCAUUACCCCUCCCGAGACAGUGACCCUUCCAGAUAAGGAACCAGGGGUCAAGAGGAAAAAGAUGCUCAUACGAGACCACAUGAAUGGAAAAACAUUCGUCCUAAUAUUUCCAGAUGGAACAGGACAUGUUUUCUAUCCAUCAGGCCGGAUUGCUGUCCUUAUAUCUUCAGUGCAUCCUGGGCAUUUUAUUUAUGUUAUACUGGAGGAUGCUCCACUCCUGCCUAGUAUUCAGGCCAUUUUCACAUCCAGGGGUCAGGCCACAUGUUAUCACCCCAACGGUCUUGUUUGGGUCAAUCUGACCCGUCUGGGAGGUACCUGGUGCAGUGAGGCUGGGGCUCUGAAGAGACGCUGGAGUUGGCUUGACCACAGCAUCCAUGUCCAUGCCCCGCCCUUCCAGCCCAUAAACAUCACUCUAAGCCCCAACAUCAGCAUUCGCAUCUGGACCCAGGAAAACAUCCACCUCACCUUCACCGCUGGCAAGAACAGUGUGCGCUUCAACAUGGGGACCAAAUUAAAGGUGGAGAACACAAAGGGCUUCAUGCUGCCAGGCCCUGACAUCCUAGAAUCUUAUCUCCACAAGAAACAUUUUGAGAUAUCCAGCUUACUGCAGCAUCUCCAGACCAGCAUCUCCUUUCCUAAGCCAGAACCUGGUCAGAUGAAGUCCCAGUACACCCUACUUGCCCAGUGUGAGAGACUGAAGGGACAGGCAAAGAAACAGAAGAAGUCAUCAAAGAAGACCAAACUACCAUCUAUCUUCAAAGAAAUUGUACUAUUGGCUGUAAAGGAAAGUGGUUUUAACUAAAUAAAUGGCAAAAUAAAACAAGGUAUAAAAGGACAGCACUUGUUUGUGUGAACCUUCAAAAAAGAAUCUUGAACCAAAGAAUCUUGGCUCUAUCAAGUAUGUUUUGUGGAUUAAGGAGAUGUGUAAUGGAGUUCAUUCAUGUUUUCAUAUAGGAUCAUUGCAGCUUGGUAUAUGACGUGCUGAAUCUUACAAUGAUUACUAAGAUGGAUUUUUGAUAUUUCUUUCCAUAGUCUGCUAUGUGUGGGUAGCGGUUGGGGGUUUAAUGUCUUGCUCAAGGACACUUCGACCUCAGAUUGCUAAACGACUCCUCUACCUCCUGAACCACUGUCGCCCGGAGUGAUAGAAAUGAUGUGAGACACCGUCUGGAAAGUUUAAAUAAAUCUUAGUCACUUUAUUGAAAGUUUUUAAGUACAAUCAAUUUACAUUGAUCUGUGGCAUCUUGAGUGGAUGAAUCUGUAACAUCUUGACAGUGCAAAA